UCGCCUGCUCCCUCGCUCCCUCUCCGUCUCUCUCCCUCUCUCUUUCCUCUCUUUUUCAUUCUCUCACUCGCUCCAUAUCAGAAGCUCGGAGAGCGGUGUCCGUGUGGGGAUGCAAGAAGCCAAUGGGAUGAGGAGCCGAUAAUAGAUGCAAAUUAUCGUGAAAAGACACGGCAAAAUAUGAAACAACUCAUUUGCCGCGGAGUAAAUCACGGAAAACUGUUUGCGAACUGGCACCCCAUACCGGAACUGUGAUGCAGGAGCACUUCUGUGGAGGCGCUUUUCAUGGAAUCUGAAUGAAUGUGGCUGUAGCACGGCUAUUUCAAAAGAGUGUACCAAUAAGACAAAAAUCUAUUUUCACCUCUGGGACUCCACGCAUGAUCUGUUUUUCUUCUCAAGGUUUGCCACGGUUUGUUAUUCUCUUGAUUCCACAGCCAGAGUAAUCACCAUCAACAACAACAAAACAACAACACCAGUAGCGUCUAACAAAAGAUGAGUUCUUAUUUUGUAAAUUCUCUCUUCUCAAAAUAUAAAAGUAGCGACUCUUUACGCCCCAAUUAUUAUGAGUGUGGGUUUGCGCAGGACCUUGGAAGCAGACCCACCGUGGUAUAUGGACCCGGCACCGGAGCAACUUUCCAACAUGCUCCCCAGAUCCAGGAGUUCUACCACCACGGCGCGUCCACGCUGUCCGCUACCCCCUACCAACAGAGUCCUUGCGCCGUCACAUGUCACGGAGAUCCAGGAAACUUCUACAGCUACGAUGCCCUUCAAAGACAGACGCUCUUCGGUGCUCAGGAUGCGGACUUGGUCCAGUAUAGCGAUUGUAAGCUAGCCGCGGGUGGCAUAGGAGAGGAGACCGAGAGUACGGAACAGAGUUCUUCUCCGACGCAGCUGUUCCCGUGGAUGCGACCGCAAGUAGCUGCCGGACGGAGGCGAGGCCGACAGACCUACAGUCGCUACCAGACACUGGAGCUUGAGAAGGAGUUCCUCUUCAACCCAUACCUGACCCGCAAGCGGCGAAUUGAGGUAUCGCAUGCCCUGGGACUGACCGAGAGGCAAGUCAAAAUCUGGUUUCAGAACCGCCGGAUGAAGUGGAAAAAGGAAAACAAUAAGGACAAAUUUCCCAGCAGCAAAUCUGAACAGGAGGCAAUUGAAAAGGAGAAGAGGGAAAAGGAGCUGGGCAUUGGGUCACCGUCCACCGACGAAGACGUCGACAAGGCUAAACAGAUCUAAAGUGGACAUUGAAAAAGACUCAGAAACAUGGGAGGGUGGGGGCAACUGUGUGGGGUUGUCUCGGAAACGUGACAGUCUUCUGGUGAUCACUACAUGUUUCAAUCGAUAAGAUUGCCUCAAAUGAUGGCUGACAGGACGAUAAACAUUGAAACGAUGUGGUGACCACGGGACUAUGAGCAGAAGGGAUUAAGCAUUUCUACUUUUUACCUGACAUUUGCAAAAUGUUAUAGUGUUUAAGCUAGAUUCCUGACUUUGUGGAACUAUGAUCGUGUAAAAAAAGAUUUAUGUUGUUAGAAUAUUGUCAUUAACAAUUAAAUUGGCAGCUGUACAGAUUUUAAGUUAAAUGGUGCACUUACGACUGUCCUCACUUAGCCUAUAUGUUAUGAUGAUGACGUAGCAAAUAAUGAAUUCCAACAACAUGAAACUGCCUAUUUAUGCCGUAGAUUUUACUCUCUUUUACACUUGUCCUCGUUUAGUUCAAUUAAAUUGAUGGUAUUUUGUUGUCUUCCUUUUUCGGGUAAGCAUGCGCACAGUUGAAGAAAAUUAUGGAAAAAAAUAAAAAUAAAAAAAUACCCUAAGUGAUGUCAUGUGACCCCUCGUUUAACUGUGAAACAGAAUGUAUACUGUACUCGUGAAUUAGUUUAUGGGGACUUGAUGAUAUGCUUUAUUGUUCUUCAUCACUUUGUUCUAUUGUCUGAAACCUGGAAGGAGCGGAAGAAAGGGGGCACAAUAAAGUUUACA